CGUGAAGCUCAGAGCGAGUCUCCUCUCUGAGAAAACCGCCGUCAAGUUUUGACACUAACAAGACUAAACUCAUGACAGAGACCGGGCGACGUGUAGAUUUAAGGUUGUGUGGCCCUUUUCUUCUUCACUGUGAGCGCAUGUGGGUUUUUUACAGACUUUAAACUGGUGGUUUGUAACGCGACGUCCAGCUGCCUGGGAUCGUCUCUCAUCUCGAAGUUCCCAAGAUGAACUUCGGUCCGGUGGUCGGGAAACUUUAUGUGUGGGUGGCGGCGCUCUUCAUCGGGUUUGUUUGCCAAGCAGCGGAGCCUCCAGCACCUCAGUGGUCCAGCGAUGAAUACAGAAACCUCACCGUUCGACGACAUAGAACAUGUGUCGAGAAUGAGCAGUACCUCCACCAGGGUCUCUGCUGCCAGAAUUGCCAAGCCGGAACCUUUGUGCAGAAGGCCUGUGAAAGAGACCAAGAGCAGGGCACCUGUCUGUCUUGUGAGCAUGGACAGACCUACACGGAGCACUCCAAUGGGAUGAACCGCUGUUUGCCGUGUACCCACUGUCGCUCAGAUGAGAUUGUAACGGACUCCUGCACCACAACUACAGACACCAGGUGCCAGUGCAGACAAGGUACCUUCUGUGUUCCAGAUCAGGCCUGUGAAGUCUGCAAACGCUGUGCCAAGUGUAAAUCAGGGGAGGAGGAAGUGAAGAAGUGCACGCCCUUUUCCAACACAGUGUGUCGAAAACGGGAUCCAUCGCCGACUGAAACCACUCCAGCUCUCCCAUCGCCGUCCCCGACUUCUGCAGCAGACAUUGUCACUCCUGUCUGCAUUUUACUGGCCGUCAUCAUCGUCAUCGUCCUUGCUGCCCUGGCUGUGUGGUGGUUCAUAUUCAAGCAGCAUUUAUGUGAAGUACCAUGUUUGAAGAGCCACUGUGACUCCAGUGAAAUUGUGAAGAUUCCUAUUGAUGAGAACGGAGCCACAGCAGAGGAGAGACAGAAUAACCAAAACGCAGGUCUGGAGGGCGAGGAGUCUCGCCCGGAGUCACGGCCUCUGCUGCAGGAGACCCAGCCUGGGAUGACCAAGGCCUCCUCUCCCGAAGAUGAGGACCGAGGACUAGGGGACAGUUUGCCCAACACUACUAGUUCAUCUCAGACUAGCCUGUCAGCCCUGCCCACUGCAGCUUCCUCUGGUAACACCCCACACCAGAGCCCCACCGCCUUCAGACCGCAGGCUGCAGACAUGGAUGAUCCUCUGCGACAUCGAUUGGUGCCACUACAAGGAUCAGAAAAAUCCCUAAGAAAGAGCUUCGACUUGUUCGACGAGUACCUGGACGUACGGAUCCACAACAAGUUCUUCAGAAUGAUUGGAGUCAGUGACAACCACAUUCGCAUCGCAGAGAACGGCCCCUCGUCUGACAAGGUGUAUGAACUGCUGAAGAACUGGAUGCAGAGGCAGGGACUAAAAGCCGACAUCAACGACCUGCUGGAGGCUUUGCUAAGUAUGGACCAGCGACGCUCGGCCGAGAGCAUCGCCUCUGCGGCCCUCAGAAGGGGCUACUACAAGCACGCAGACACGCCCUGACGCUGCAAAGGAAGUAAACACAAAGUACUCAAGACAAGAAAAACUAAAAGCACAUAGACACUGUCGGUGGACACUGUGUCUCAUGAACAGGCUUACCUCUUUGUGGCUGACCAGCCAUGUAUUCAAAAGCCAGUAGUUUUAAAAAGAAAAACAAAAAGGGGAAAGUCAAGCUGUAUUGAUCAGUGGUGUGAGGAUGUUGACUACUCGCCAAAUGCCGAACGGUAGUAAAUGACAACUGAGAGAAAGUUCUGUGGUCAGAUUCAACAUUACCACCAAAGAUGACAAUGUUUUCCUAAAAAAGAAGAAAAACAUGAAGGUGUCAACUCUCGCAGGCAGAAAUGGCUGCAGGUUUUAAGCUCUAGAGAAGCAACGUGCAGCCAAAUACUGAAAACUUAAAAGUCUCUGGCCGUGUGUCACUCAUCUGGUCCCUCUCCAGAUCGUAAUACGCUGCCCGGAGACAGAUAUACACUGGUUUGUAGGCGUGGCAUUAGAUAUGUCACUAAUACUGUGCCUCUUUGAUGCACUGACCUCAGGCACAUGUAGGAUUUGAAACAACAGUCAUGCUAUAUUUGUUGUUUUGUAGAUUUAGGCUUCUCUGACCCCAUAUAUGUCGGUUCAUGAUUCUUUUACUGACUAACAGUAGGAAAAUAUUGUCCAUUUGUUGCAAAAUACUUUUACUAAUCACAAACUUUACCUCUUCAACACCGUUUGAUAAUCUAAUGCAUUUAUUUAGGUGUCAUUUUUUUUUCAUUGCAGUUUCAUAAUGUUCCUUGAGCAUAGUGAUUCAGAAAUGGUGUAGAUUUUGUACAAUCUAGUCACAUCAGAAAUGUUUUCGGUCUCGUUUAUGUUCAGUGUUACACACGACAUUGUAGAAGGAAUUUCACCAGCUGUUUCUGUUGGGACAGCUGUUAAUUGUUUAGUAAAAAUGUUUCCUUGUAACUUGGAAAACUUCAAAGGUCAUUUUAUUUAUUGACAUAUUUAUUUUAAUGAAUAAUAAUUAUCUCUCAUUAUUUAUACCAUUGCCAAAACCACCCUGGAACACACACACACACACACACACAUACACACAGUGUUCAUGCUGUGUUAGUCAACAGGGCAAAAUGACUGAGAUCAAAAUCUUUCAAGUUGUAAUUGUGGUGUUUUGUUCAACUCUGUUCCUGCUUGCUGCGCUGUCUUUAGUGCGACGCUCCGGUCCACGCGGUCAUCAUUUGUUCACAUUGCAGGUUUCACUACACAGUGUUGAAGCCUCUGUGAUGCCUAAUGCAGAAUGUGUCCUCUCAAAUUGGACUUAAAGUUACUUCGAAAACGAGGAGUCUGAUCAUUUUCGUGAAUCGACUGACCAGUAGUACAUGUCAGUGGUUACGUGGGGUGCAGGUACGGAAUGUUUUGUCUUGAUUAGACUCAGACAAGAUGAAGGAAACCUUUUCUGGAUUUAAGAAGAAGCCCAAAUUUAUUUCCCCAGUUCUCUCCCUUGUACAUACACAGUAUAUGUCCAGAGAGCUUAGAGGCCUCACAAAGUGUGUUUGUAUAUAUGCAGCUUUAUUAACAAGCCAAAAUAAGUAGAGUGAGGUAUGAAGUUAUUGAGGAUAACAGAAACAUCGGCCAGAGUGGUUGCUGUUGAUGUUGUUGAACUUUUUUUUUUUGCCCAUUUUUCUGCAGUCUCUUAUGUAUAAAGGAAAGAGUUAUAUAUUGUUGCUGAAGAGUGAUGCUACAGUGCUGGCACUGCCAUCUAUUGACAGACAAUGAAAAUACAGCCUGCAUCAAUUUCUAGGGACCUACACGCCCCUGUCAUUCUCCCUUAAUCUUCUUUUUUUUAACACAUCCAUUUUUCAACUGAUCACAUUUUUUUCUUUUUAAAAAUUCCUCUUGGCCUUUCCUGACGUAGCGUAGCAGUGAAUAGGCUUCAGUGCAUGUUGUUUACUCUGUGUGUCAGAUCAUGUGAGUGUACGUCUGUUUCCUUCUUUUUUAAAAAUAUUUUCUGUGUUUUUAUAUAUUUCAAGUCCUGAGCUGUUCAGUUAACUUCUUUUUACUCAUGUAAAUCCUUCCUGUUCAGCGUUAACAUUUCCUCCCUUAGUUAUUGUUUGCUUGUCAUGGAUUUCAGAUAUAAAUGAUGCAAAUACAUUGAAGCUGUUUUUAUGUAAAUUUCAAAUAAAUGUUUUGUACAGAUACUCUUGUUUAAAA